AUGCCUCUCAUUUUCAACGAUAUUAAAUGGAAAAAUCGAAACCUAUACGCAAACUACUUUGGAGAACACGCAUCAGACUUGUUCACCGAGGAACGGGUCAAACAUAGUAACAGUUAUCUAUCUAUCUAUCUAUCUAUCUAUCUAUCUAUAUAUAUAUAUAUAUAUAUAUAUAUAUAUAUUCGUCUUUUUUUUAUACCUAUCUAUCUAUCUAUAUAUAUAACUUCGUCUUUUUAUACCUAUCUAUCUAUCUAUCUAUCUAACUUCGUCUGUUCAUAUCUAUCUAUCUAUCUAUCUAUCUAUCUAUCUAUCUAUCUAUCUAUCUAUCUCUCCAUCUGUUCAUAUCUAUCUCCGUCUGUCCAUAUCUAUCUAUCUAUCUAUCUCCCUUUGUCUGUAUAUCUAUCCAUGUCUGUACAUAUAUAUCUAUCUUCGUCUGUUCAUAUCUAUCUAUCUAUCUAUCUAUAA